AUGAUAUCAACACUUGCAAUGAAAACUCUUCCGAAUUAUACAUUCGAUCCAGCUACAGUCGAUUCUCCAUUAUUACAUAUUGAUGAAUCUGAAGACAAUGAUGAAGAACAACAACAAAUUGAAAUUCAAGCAAAAUUAGCUGAAGAUCAGGUCAAAAAGUUAUCACAACAGACAAAUAAACAAUUAAAAUUAACUCAUUUUUGGAAAAAGUAA